UGAGUAGCCGUAAGGUUACGAUGUUCACUCGGAGGUCUGUCGCGUUUUUCGCAGCCUGUGCGGCACUAGUUUGCCUGGGCGUCAGAGCAGCUGAGGAGGGUCAGGUCGAUACCACCAUUGGUAUCGAUCUUGGAACCACCUACUCUUGCGUAGGUGUGUACAAGAAUGGCAAGGUUGAGAUCAUUGCCAACGAUCAGGGUAACCGUAUCACCCCUUCGUGGGUUGCCUUCACCGACGACGAGAGGUUGAUCGGAGAUGCCGCCAAGAACCAGGGAGCCUUGAACCCUGAGAACACUGUCUUCGACGUCAAGCGCCUCAUCGGCAGGAAGUAUACCGAUACCACUGUUCAGCAUGACAAGAAGCUUCUUCCCUACGAUAUCGUUGACCAGGGGGGCAAGCCAUACGUCCAGGUCAAGUUCAGGGGAGAGAAGAAGACUUACUCUCCUGAGGAGAUUUCCGCCAUGGUUCUCACAAAGAUGAAGGAGACUGCUGAGGCAUUCCUCGGCAAGGAGAUCAAGAACGCUGUCGUUACCGUUCCUGCAUACUUCAACGAUGCCCAGAGGCAGGCCACUAAGGAUGCCGGUACCAUCUCUGGUUUGAACGUUCUCCGUAUCAUCAACGAGCCCACCGCUGCUGCCAUUGCCUACGGUCUUGACAACAAGGGUGGAGAGAAGAACAUCCUCGUGUUCGAUCUUGGUGGUGGUACCUUCGAUGUUUCCCUCCUUACCAUCGACAACGGAGUCUUUGAGGUUAUUGCUACCAACGGUGAUACUCACUUGGGAGGAGAGGACUUCGAUCGUCGUGUAAUGGACUAUGUUCUCAAGCUCUUCAAGAAGAAGUCCGGCAAGGAUGCCUCCAAGGACAAGAAGGCUGUGCAGAAGCUUCGCCGCGAAGUCGAGCGUGCCAAGCGUGCUCUCUCCAACACUCAUCAGCAGCGUAUUGAGAUCGAAGGGUUCUACGAGGGAUCCGACCUUAGUGAGACCGUCACCCGCGCUAAGUUCGAGGAGCUCUGCAUGGAUCUCUUCAAGAAGACCCUUGGACCCGUCGAGAAGGUUCUCGAUGACGCUUCCUUGAAGAAGAACCAGGUCGACGAGCUCGUUCUUGUCGGAGGAUCCACCCGUAUCCCCAAGGUUCAGCAGCUCCUCCAGGACUACUUCAACGGCAAGGAGCCCAACAAGGGAAUCAACCCGGAUGAGGCUGUCGCUUACGGUGCCGCCGUUCAGGGAGGUAUCCUCUCCGGCGAGGGUGGCAAGGAGACUGCCGACCUUCUCCUUCUGGACGUUACCCCCCUCACCCUCGGUAUCGAGACUGUCGGAGGCGUCUUGACCAAGUUGAUUGGCCGCAACACUGUUAUCCCCACCAAGAAGUCCCAGACCUUCUCCACUGCCCAGGACAACCAGCCCACUGUGUUGAUCCAGGUGUUUGAGGGUGAGCGUUCCAUGACUAAGGAUUGCCAUCUUCUCGGAAAGUUCGAGCUCUCCAACCUUCCCCCUGCUCCCCGCGGUGUCCCCCAGAUCGAGGUGACCUUCGAGAUCGACGCCAACGGCAUCCUCCAGGUGUCUGCCGAGGACAAGGGAACUGGCAAGAGUGAGAAGAUCACCAUCACCAACGACAAGGGCCGUCUGAGCCAGGAGGAGAUCGACCGUAUGGUCCAGGAGGCCAAGGAGUACGAGGAGGAGGACAAGAAGGUGAAGGAGCGCAUCGAUGCCAAGAACUCUAUCGAGUCCUACAUCUACAACAUCAAGAACACCAUCAACGAUGAGGACAAGAUCAAGGGCAAGUUGAGCGAUGAGGAUAAGGAGACCCUCGAGGAGAUUGUCAAGACCACCACCGAGUGGAUCGACGAGAACUCCUCGGCCGAGAAGGAAGACUUCGAUGAGAAGCAGAAGGAGGUCGAGAAGGUGGUGAAUCCGAUCAUGUCCAAGCUCUAUGCCGCUGGCGGAGCUGGUGGAGCUGGGGGAGGAGCGGCCGAGGAGGAGGAGGAGAUGCCAGAUCAUGAUGAGUUGUAAUCUUAUAAUAUUUGGGUUGAAUAAUGAACGGGUUGUUGUUACUCUGAAA